AUGUCACUUGCCUUUUAUAUAUUCAUAACUGUUUGUUUGCCAACUCUUUGUGUUGGUGCAAUUUCAACACCAGUUUGUAUGUCCGACUUUAUGGCAGUUAAUAUGAAUUCUGUAGAUAUUACUUAUGACCUUAUUUCUGAUUGUUUUGCACUUAUACCAGACAGUGCCUAUUCCGUUCGUGGUAAAAAUCUGAACUCCGAUUGUUACAUUGAUAAUCAGUACUUAUACAUUGACAAAAAUGGGUCUAGAAUUAGUCGUUGUGGGCAAUGGCUUGAAGUGGUUGGUCCUACCAAAACCAAAGUGAUUUGUAUGGUUGCUGGGAGUGUAAAACCAUUUUUUAGAACACUUCCAUUUCAACCAUUAAUUACUUUUGUUGCAAUGCACUCGGGGUUAUACACACAAGUUUCUGGAGGGUUUUCUUUAGAUACAAAUGCAAUUGUCCAAACGACAGUUGCAGAAACUGAUUUUGACUUAAAAGUGAAUCCAACACUUUGGGUUUUGAGUAAGACGGAGAAAGAGGCUAAAGUGCAGGUGACUGAUUGUAACAGACCUUUUGAAUUUCUCGAAAUAGAUAACAAAAUAUUUGGCAUUCAACUGGACCACACUUUUACUCUACCAAUUUAUUCGACAAAGGUGAAUAUCAACUUGGUUUCUUUUAGAUACGAAAAAAUCACGUUUGAAGACGUUGAGUUAAAUAACAUAUCAAAAAUUGUUUCAAAUAAAAGAUUUGAGACAUUACAAAUUGAAAAUUGUGAAUUUCUGAUGAGCGAAAUAUUAUACACACAAGCCGACUAUGUCAGACACCAACUCAACAGCUGGUUCUUUUAUCAAUUUGGAGACGUCUCUAAUUUCACAACCGUAACUGCAAAACCACCAAAAUUUGUACCUCAAAAGGGCGACAAGAGAAUAUCAAUUAUACUGAUAAAUUCAACACCAAUGAUCUUUCACGAGUAUUUUAAGGAUAUCACAUUUGACUUUGAAGCAAAUUUCAAUUUGGUGAUUGGCGAAAUUAAUUUGUAUCUUGUUCCUGGCGCGACCAACGUGAAAGACUUUACCAGAGCUCAAUUGAUUGAAUCGAAUUUGAAAUACGUUAUAUAUCAAAAUGGAACAAAGGUUGGUCUCAAAUUUGGGUUUGGAACGAAUAAUAUUCAGUUUUCAAAUUGCUUUGUCAUCACUUUCAAAUGCACUGAAGGACAAUAUGUGGAAUUGACAAACGCGGUUUUUCAGAAGCUCGAAAAAAUUCAGAAAAUUAAAGAAUGUAAUGCAACAGCAUUGAAAUGUUUAGACAGUGAGUGCACGGUCACAAACACGUCAGUUGAUGUUGGAAAAUAUUUAUGGGAAAAGGGGUGUGAGCCCGUUUGUGGAAAUUGUAGAGAUGGAUAUGUGUGUACAACUAUGGGAAAGUGUAUUUUGGAAAAGAAUGAUAACUUGAGAGAGGGUGUUGAAAGUGUGAUGGACUUUAUGUUUUUGAUUGUGGGUUUCGUUAUGCUGUUUAUAAUUUAA